AUGCAGCUGUGUUGGAGCGCUCGGUUCAGAGAAUGGGCCGGCCUAGGUCAUGAGCUUGUCUCAAGCUCCCCCGGCUCCUUCACAGACGACACCGAAACAUCUGCUGCUCCUUUGCCAAAAUCGUGGUCCAAGAUGGCAAGCAAUGGAACCCAGUCGGGUCUCCCUAAGUUCUACAAUUAUCCCGAUGUUAAGAACGUCGACAUUCCUUAUGAAGCACCUGAUGUGCCGAAGAACCCGGUCGUACGGGGCCUGCCUCUCUACUACGGAGCUUCACUGAUCUCCUCGGUCGGCUUCAUCCAGAACCACCUCUGGAACAAUACCGGCUUCAAUCGGCUGCGCGGCCGCAAGGAGCUUGAGGACGUUGCGCCGCGCUACGACCCCACCGUUAUUCCUCUCGACCACGACUCAUCCCUCCCCAUAGACGCCGCCGCAUCGCCAGAAGAGGCUCGCCUCCCCCCCGCGACCGCCAAUGGUCGGUUCCAUUCCACGUACGACUACCACGAGGCCUACAAGACCGGCCGCACCACGCCCACCGCCGUGAUCGAAGCUCUCCUGCCGCUCAUCCGCCGCGAUGCGACCAAUCCGUCGCCCCAUGCCACCGCCUGGAUCGAGCUGCGCGAGGACCUGAUCCUCGCCGCGGCCGCGGCCUCGACGGAGCGCUACAAGAACGGCAAGCCGCUCGGGGUGCUGGACGGGGUGCCAGUCUCGGUCAAGGACGAGGUGGACGUGGCGGGGUACCGCAAGCGGCUCGGCACCCAGCACGACUGGUCGGGCGGCGGACAGUGCGAGACGUCCUUCUGCGUGGCGCGGUGGGAAGAGGCGGGCGCGGUGGUGGUGGGCAAGACGACGAUGCACGAGCUGGGCCUCGACACGACCAACAACAACCCCAACCCCAACCACGGCACCCCGCUCAACCCCCACAACCCGCACUACUACACCGGCGGCUCGUCAGGCGGCAGCGGCUACGCUGUCGGCGCCGGCCUGCUGCCCUUCGCGCUGGGCGCCGACGGCGGCGGCUCCAUCCGCAUCCCAGCCAGCUACUGCGGCGCCUUCGGGCUCAAGACGUCGCACGGCCGCGUCUCCGGCCGGCCCACGCCCUCGCUCGCCGCCUCGACGGGCGUGCUGGGCCCCAUCGCGGCCAACGUCGCCGACCUCGAGGUCGCGUACCGCGUCAUGGCCGCGCCGGACGCGCAGCACGUCUCGUCGGCGCUCUUCGCCUCGCCCAGCACGCCCGCCGCGCGCGCCGCCACCGCCUCGCCCUCGCGCCCCAAACUCCUCGGCAUCUGCCAGCCCUGGCUCGACCGCGCCGACCCGCCCGUCCGCGCCGCCGUCCAAGCCGCCAUCGACCACCUCGUCUCCGCCCAGGGCUACCGCACCGUGCCCAUCCACCUCCCGCUGCUCGCCGCCGGCCAGUCCGCCCACGCCCUCACCAUCCUCUCCGAGAUCGCGUCCGGGUUCGGGGCCGCGCUUUCAUCCCUCACGCCCGCCAACAAGAUCCUCAUCAGCGUCGGCUCGCGCGCCGGCGCCGUCGACCUGCUGCAGGCGCAAAAGGUGCGCGCGCUCCUCAUGGACCACCUCGCGCACCUCUACCGCGCGCACCCGGGCCUCGUCGUCGUCACGCCCACCACGCCCAACGCCGGCUGGCACGUCGCCGGCGGCGCGGCGGACCUGCGCUACGGCGUCAGCGACGGCAACAUGAGCAUCCGCAACAUGGAGUACGUCUGGCUCGCAAACUUUUCCGGCUGCCCCGCGCUGAGCGCGCCGGUCGCGUACGUCGAGCCGGUCGAGGGCGAGGGGAAGGUGCCCGUCGCGCUGAUGGGCAUGGCCGAGUGGGGCGCCGAGGAUGCGCUGUUGGGCUUCGGGUACGACGUCGAGGCGUAUCUGAACGGCGCGCUGGAGGGCGGCAGGAGGCGGCCCGCCGCUUGGGUGGAUGUGCUCGGGUUGGCGACGGAGGGGUCGCAGUGA